AUGAAAGAAUUGAGUGGGAAUGAAACAGGAAAUCAAGAUGAGUAUAUAAUGCUUCUUACUAACACAAUUUCAGAAUUACAGCAGCGAGUAGAAGAACAAAAACAAAAAAUAUCAGAAUUAAAAAAUCAGAUAAAUGGGUAUUGUGAAGAAAUAAUUAGAUUAAAUGAUCUAAACCAAGAAAAAAUUGAA